AUGCCUCCCGUACUGCCGACCGGGGAUUUCCCCGACAUUCCCAUGGCGUCCGUCUCGGGUCUCGAGACUCGAGACACUGACGGCCAAGGUGUCGACGGAACCCCGUCCCUCAACAUCAAUACCCUUGUUGCUCGCUCCGAUUCAACCUCCACCUCCACCCACACCGAUAAGCCCGCCCCGGGGCAGGGUACAGUCGACCCGAAGAGCAUCAAGAUGCAGGGCCUAAUGGCUCUAUUUGCAAUUAUCGGAGCAGCCUUUGUACUUGCGUCGAUCUGGUUCUUUUUCUGGGCCAAAGAAGGCGGGUUUGUUUGGCGCAAAGGCGACUGGGACGAAUACAAAUCGACGGUUCUGCGACGCAAAGGACCGGACGGACGAACACUCAGUAAUGCAACCAAAAGUACCAAGCUGGGUGGUGGUAGCAUUGUCGGCAAGGGCUACAGCGACACCGGGUACACAUACACCGACGGCAGCGCAUACGACGAGACAGCGACGACAAUCACCGAAGAGAAGCCGAGGCGCAAGCGAUUCCGGGAUACGGCCAAGCAGAAGCUGAUGCGAGGUCGCAAGAACGAGCGCUGGGAGGGUGAGGCUGACGACGAUGUGAGAGCGUAUCGCGAAGAGAAGCCGGCCCGCGUCGGUGGCAUGAACCGCGAGGCCGAGGGCACGUACCACGGCAGCGACUACGACAGCUCGGCCCCGCCGACGCACUACAACGAAAGUGACAUUACCGAAGUGCGUGACUAUGCCUACGAGCGGCCACGACAGCAGCGGCCCCGCAACCCUUCGGGCUUCUCUUUCACUGCCGGCAGUGAAGAGGUUCUGAGUCAGGCCACCGAGGAACACAGUCUGCGGGAUCCGUCCGCACGCCGCCACAACCGCCGUCGUGAUCGUCGCAGCCGUGCUCCUCCUCCGUCCGCACCCUCCUCACGGACCAGUAGCCCCCGCAAGCGCGAGCGUCGCUCCGUGCCGGGCCAUUACACUGAGCCGCUGGAUAUGUCGGCCGCAGGUUCCUACCAGUACUCCAACGUUGACACCGAGGACUCUGGUACCAGGAGCUACCACCACCCAAUCCCCGGCUUGAGCAAGGGCUACCGCCGAGACGGGCGCAGCCGCCGCCGCGAUAGUCUGAGUGACAGCGAGGGCGAGACGCAGUACUCAUGA